AUGUCAAGUAAAGAAGACAACGUUAGCGAGUUAUCUAGAAAAUUGGACGAGUCUCAAAUUGACACGAGUUUAAAGCUUUUGUCGUUGAGAAAUCAGUACAUUCCUGAAUUUUAUGAUUUACAUUUGAACAUUAACCAUUUGAAGCCAAAUUUCAAUGGUACAGUUACAAUUGACAUUAAAAAAAACGAAAAUUAUCAUGGGUCGUCCGAUGAGUUUAGAUUUACGUUACAUGCCAAUAAACUUAUUAUCACUAAAGCUAUUUUAAAUGAUGGAGGAAAAACUACGGAUUUAAAAGUGGACUAUGACCGAGGUAGACAUGAGGUUUCGCUUACGAUUAAUUCAAGCUACGAGUGGAAAAGUCCAGAAAAGGCGAAGAUCACUUUGAUGUAUAUGGGUCAGAUCAACACCAUAAAAACGUAUAAGGAUCAAACGAAGGGACUUUUCAAGACAAACUACUUGGAUUCCAUUUCGGGUAGAUCAAAUAAUUAUAUCUUGGCUACCCAUACACAACCUCAUUCAUGUAAAUUGAUUUUUCCGUUAGUAGACGAAUUGAACUUCAAAGUUCCGAUCAAGUUAACUAUUGACACUUUGAGCUCGUUUAAGGUAUUGUCUAAUUCUUCCUUGAUUGCCGAACCUUGCCCGGUACCAAUGUCCGAAAAUGCAACAUUUGCAUUCAAACCAACACCACCAAUUGCUUCUUCUGUGUUUGGCUUCAUUAUUGGUGAUUUGGAGUAUUUGGAGAACAACGACGAUGUAAUUCCAGUUCGAAUGUAUGCACCAAUUGGAACCUUAUCCUCAUGCUCAUAUCCAUUGUAUGUUAUUUCUUCCUUGUUACCAAUAUUACAAGAAUUGCUUAAUAUUAAAUACCCAUUGGAUAAGUUGGAUUUUGUUGCUUUACCAUUCUUAAGUGACGGAGCAAUGGAGAAUUGGGGAUUAGUAACUGUUUUAUCUAGCCAAUUACUAAUUGACGAGAGCUCACACGAAUCAGUCAAACUUCAAUUACGUCAAUUGAUAGCUCACGAGCUAGUCCACCAAUGGGUUGGAAAUUUGAUUUCUUUUGAUGAAUGGUCUAAUUUAUGGUUGAAUGAAUCUUUUGCAACAUGGUUAGGAAAUUAUUUGCUCCAUGUCGCCAGAUUAGAUAAAGCGGAUUAUGAGAACGAUGCUUUCGAGAUGAAAUUAUUACGGGAUCAAGAAUCCAUAAUGGAUCAAGACUGUUUUUACAACGAAACUACAGGCUCCUCUUCGUUGCCUAGCAUUCAUCAAAUAACUUCAGGUAUGAAUUCGUCCUUGUCAGAGUGUACCCAGGAUUUAUUUGAUAAAACAACAUACGAAAAAGGAAUCAUUUUGUUGUCUAUGAUUGGAAGUAUAUUGGAAAAUGAAAAUCUGUCUAGAGAUGAUUCCUCGAAAAUAAAGUAUUCAAAUAUGUUAAAUGGUGUAGCGAAAGCUAUAGAAAAAUACAAAUUUAAGAAUAUCAAACCAUUCGAUUUGUGGAAUGUCUUGAAUGAAUUUACAAGUAUUGAUUUAUUGAGUUUUGUUCAUUCAUGGGUCAGAUAUCCUGGCUAUCCUAUUGUCAAUGUAAAAACCAAAGGUGAUAAAAUAGUUAUUGAACAACAUAGAUAUCUAUUCAACAAUAAAGCUCAAGAUUUCGAAUUGGAGGACACCCCAUACCAUUUACCAUUAUCCAUUAAAUGUAUUGACGACAAGAAGAAUAUUAAGAUUUUGAACAUUAUGUUGACUGAUAGAAAUCUAGAGGUUCCAAUUCCUUUAGAUCAAUUUAUCACAUUGAAUUCUAACAAAUCGGGCUACUAUAAAGUAGUUUACAGUCAAGAAUUUAUUCCCCAUGUAUGUACUAACAUAAUCAAUAACAAUUUCACUCCUCAAGAAAUUAUUUCUAUUAUUAAUGAUUAUGGAAAAUUAUUGGGACAAGAGAACUCGACAAGCCAUCAUUUAGUAGCUAUUUUUGCUGUGUUGAACUGCUUUACGGAUUCCAAAUGGGAAAUCAACUACAAUGUUUUGAAAGUCGGCUUGGAUUAUUUGGAAACUAUUAGUAAUAUUUUGCUUCAUUUCAGUAGUUAUUCAGAGUAUGAGAGAUGGCUUGAAAAUUAUAUUACAAAAUUAUUCAACAAGAUUGGCAACUGGGAAAUGUUAUACCAAUUAACUUCUGACUAUUCGCUGAUUGAAAUGGAAGUUAGAAAUCUUAUAUUACAUAUAGGCCUGGGUAUCCUGAAAUUUCAAGAUAUUAGUAGAAAGAUGUUUAAGAAUUUUAUUAAUCCUAAUUCUAAUAAACCUUUCACCCCAAUGGAAUUAUUGCCAUCGAUUUUUAAUCUAACUAUGAGACAGGCUAACCAGAAGGAAUACAAGCAGAUCUUGCAGUUGGUGAAGAAUUCAAAUAACUCAUCAUUGAAUAAUUCUAAUUCUUCUAUCGAACAAUUACAGACUGUUGCUGUUUCAUCAUUGUCAUUUGCUGAAAACGAAGAUCUACUUUCGAAAUCGUUAAACUUUGUUAUGACUAAUAUUAAUUCCAAGUUGAUUGAAUUGGCUUUAAUCGGAUUCCAGUUCAAGCGCUCUAAACAAGAUAUCUUGAAAUUAUGGCACUGGUACAAAUUGCAUUAUGACCAAUGGACUUUGAAAUCCUUAAGAAAAGGUUCAGACUGGUCAAAACAGUUGGCGAUUACAAUGAACAAUAUUUCAAAAAUAGUACUUGGUGAUUUAAUGCAAUAUCAUAGUGAUUUGGUUUCCAUGAAAGAAGAAUUCAUCAAAGAAAAGUUACAAAAAUUACCUGAACAUGGCCUAAAGGACUUAGUUCAAAAUAUAGAUGUUGCAAAUAUAGAAAAACAAGCAAUUGGUAUGUUCUAUAAUGAUUUGAUUAACAAUUUACCAUAA